AUGCAUGCCUCUGAUACAGAAUCAGUAGAGUUAGCUUCUUAUAGGUUGUGGGAUAUGGCAGCAGUAUGGUAUGAAUCCUGGCGACGGUCGAGAGGGCAGAAUGCACCUCCAGCAGUAUGGUUCGAGUUCACCAGAGCCUUUUUAGCUCAUUAUUUGCCCGCCGAGAUCCGUAGGGCCAGGGUUGAUGAGUUUCUAUUGCUUCGCCAAAAUAAUAUGAGUAUUCGGGAAUAUAGUUUGAAGUUUAACUCUUUGGCCAGAUAUGCUCAGGCAAUUGUGGCUGAAAUGGAAGAUAGAGUACAUCGUUUCGUGACUGGGCUUGGGCCCCACCUGAUUAAGGCUUGCAUGACGGCCUCACUUCAGGACGGCAUGGAUAUUGCUCGUAUUCAGGGAUAUGCUCAGAAUCUGGAGGAACUUCAACGUCAGGCCAAGCAAGACCCGGAUAGGGGUCGUCAUAAGCAGGCAAGGUCUGCAGGUUAUUCAGGCGAUUAUCAGGGAGGUUAUAGGCCUCAUUAUUCCAAACGACCAGCCUCUUCAGUAGUUAGUGUGCCUUCUCAUUUUCAGGGGCAACGGUAUGACCGAUCCAUUUACUCUAGACUAGGUCAGAGGUCAAGGGCGCCCGCUACUUCCUAUAGGAGAGAGACUAAUCAGGCAAGGCCUCCAUUGCCCCGUUAUGACCAGUGUGGUAAGGGCCAUUCUGGCUAG